GCCACGUGUCCGGCGGCGCGGCGCCGGGACCUGCGGCGGGACCCGCGGCGGCACCUGCGCGGCCAUGAGCGUGGGCUUCAUCGGCGCCGGGCAGCUGGCCUUCGCCCUGGCCAGGGGCUUCACGGCGGCAGGGGUCCUGGCUGCACACAAGAUCACGGCGAGCUCCCCGGACACCGACCUGCCCACCGUGAGCGGGCUGCGGAAAAUGGGCGUGAACUUCACGGUGAGCAACAAGGACACAGUGAAGAGCAGCGACGUCCUCUUCCUGGCCGUGAAGCCCCCCAUUAUCCCCUUCAUCCUGGAGGAGGUGGGCCCCGACAUCGAGGCCCGCCACAUCGUGGUUUCCUGCGCAGCCGGUGUCACCAUUAGUUCCAUCGAGAAGAAACUCUCUACCUUCUGCCCCACACCAAAAGUGAUCAGGUGCAUGACCAACACCCCUGUGAUUGUCCGGGAAGGUGCUACAGUCUAUGCCACCGGGACUCAUGCAGAUGUGGAGGAUGGAAAGCUCUUGGAACAACUGAUGGCCAGCGUAGGCUUCUGCGCCGAGGUGGAAGAGGACCUGAUAGAUGCUGUAACAGGGCUCAGUGGCAGUGGCCCUGCGUAUGCAUUCACUGCUCUGGAUGCUCUGGCGGAUGGGGGAGUGAAAAUGGGACUUCCCCGCAGGCUGGCUCUUCGACUCGGAGCACAGGCUUUGCUGGGUGCUGCCAAAAUGCUGCUAGAAUCUGAACAGCAUCCUGGUCAGCUGAAGGACCACGUCUGCUCACCUGGAGGAGCCACCAUCCAUGCCCUGCACUUCCUGGAGAGCGGUGGUUUUCGCUCACUCCUAAUCAAUGCUGUGGAGGCUUCCUGCAUCCGGACAAGGGAGCUGCAGCAUUUGGCAGACCGAGAGAAGAUCUCCCCAGCAGCCAUAAAGAAGACUUUGUUGGAUAAGGUGAAGCUGGAGUCUCCUUCUCUGUCCAUGGCAUCUGCAAACAAAGUCAGUCUGUUCACCAAUAAGAGCCCUACCAGCAAGAAGAACUGACCAGACUGCUGUAGUCUGGCUGUGCUGAACAUCAGUCUCCUCUGUUUUGUCUAAGGGAAAACACUGCAUCUGAAUGUUGAUGUUCCCCGUA